GAAGGAGGGGCGGGUGGAAUAUGUGAAUUGGACUCCCUUAUGAAGCUUUGGGAAGAUAUGCAGUAAUUGGCGACAAAAUGUUUAAGACGUCGUUUAAGUAGGCCUAGACCAUGCGUGAAAAAACCUUAGUGGCAAAAAGGCUGGAUCUAACUGAUCAACAGGUUCCGUAUAUAGUCUGUUAUCCGCAGUAAAGCUUUUAGAUGAAGAUGCAGGGGCAAACACUUUCCUUUCUGUUUGUGUUCCACAUGGGACUAGUGAUUUGUGCCAGUGGAGGUUUCGUUUUUCGUGAGUUAGAAGAAAUUUGGAAACAAAAUCAAGUAGCAGUGCAUGUUGACCCAGAAGUCAAUAUGGAUGCAGAAGAACUUAUCACCAGCAAAGGCUAUCCAUGUGAGACCCACACAGUGACCACUGCUGAUGGAUUUAUUCUGACCAUUCACAGAAUUCCACAUGGUUUAAAGAAGGGACAGAAAGCUGGGCCAAGACCACCUGUAUUCCUACAGCAUGGCUUGGUGGCAUCCUCCACACAGUGGCUGACUAACUUAAGAAAUGAAAGCUUAGGGUAUAUUCUGGCUGAUGCAGGCUUUGAUGUAUGGAUGGGUAACGUAAGAGGCAAUACAUACUCAAGCAAACAUAAAAAAUAUGAUCCCAAAUCUGAGGAGUUCUGGGACUGGAGCUGGGAUGAAAUGGCCAAGUAUGAUUUACCAGCCAUGAUUGACUACACACUGAAGGUUACAGGAGUCAGUCAAAUUCACUAUGUUGGUCACUCCCAGGGAACUCUGAUUAUGUUUGCACACACCUCACAGAACCCUGACUUUGCCAAGAAGUUUAAGUCAUUCAUUGCUAUGGGCCCUGUGGCCACCAUUGCACAUGCAAAAGGACCCUUACUUCUGUUAUCUGACUUCUCGGAUAAGGACAUUUUUGACCUUUUUGGAAGGAAGGAUUUUGCACCCAAUAGUAAGCUGAUGGACUGGAUUUCCAAAGAAGUUUGUGGUCAUAAAGAUAUCAAUAUUCUCUGUUCCAAUAUAUUAUUUCUGCUUUGUGGAUUUGAUUCAAAACAAUUCAAUGUGUCCAGAACUCCAGUCUACUUUUCUCACGUGCCAGCAGGAACCUCUGUGAAGAACAUGGUGCAUUAUGCCCAAAUGGCGAGAUCAGGCAAGUUCCAGAUGUUUGACUUUGGCUCUGCAGCAGCAAACAAGGAACAUUACAAUCAGUCUUCAGCCCCCCAAUAUGACCCUGCAAAAGCACAGGCUCCCACAUACUUGUAUUAUGGGCAGAAUGACUGGCUAGCUGACCCACAGGAUGUACAGGACACUCUUGUGCCUUUCCUGCCAAACAUCAAGGUAUCGCAAGAAAUUCCCCAAUGGGAGCACAUGGACUUCAUCUGGGCAAUGGACGCCCCCAGUGUGCUGUAUGAUAAACUCAUAGGUAUCAUGAAACAAAACUAGCAGACAGGGUACAAAAGGCAAGUGGCAAUCACAAAAUGUUGCCUCUGUUGACAAAUCUGCAAGUAUCCUGACUAUUCAAAGAUGACAACUUGAGCAUGAAAAAUUUUUGGGCCAAUGAUUCAUUUUAACAGAAAACUGAAAGGAGUAAGCUCAAACUGCUUUAUGUCACAAUAAAAAUGGAUGACUUUUCAACUGCACUAAUCACAUUUGCUUCAAGGUAAUAACCUCAUGGCAAUCAAUGUAAUCCUUUCGUUGAUAUGGUUUGUGUGAAAAAAAGCCAGGUUCUAAUACAUCAAAUUAUUUUUUUGAGUUUUA